AUGCUGUCCGCCGGUGGCAACGACGGGGCCGGACCCAGCUCAUCUUCUUCUGCCCCAGAAAUCUCCAGGAACAACAAGAAGAACAAAGGGAUCGCUAGAGCUCCAAACAGAACCUCACUCCUAUCAUUGAAUGACCUCAUGACCUUCCGACCGCUUAUUUCACCGUCAAAAUCAAACUCCCAAAACGGCGUCUGCUCUGAUGACGACGAUGAUAACAGCCGCCCGCCAGCUGUUCGACGUUAUGCCUCCACGUCGUCUGGGGCUUGCAUAAGCAAUCAUGAAGAUCUCUUACUUCAGAUUUUACUCCCUUUACCCCCAAAGUCUCUUAUUCGCUUCCAAUGUGUCUCCAGACAAUGGUUUUCUCUCAUUUCUAGCUCCCAUUUCUGUCGUCUUCAUUCGGGGAUGUAUCAAGUAUUUUCUCCGGAGGUCGGUCUGUUCUUGUACCGAAGAAUAUAUGGGACUUCAGAGUUCAAAGCUAUCUCUCUUCUUCAAGAUGACAGCUCACAUUCAAUAGGUAUUCUCGCGUCCCGUUUUGCUCAUUUUCUUAAUGCAGAUGGCCAAGUUCUCGGUUUACAUUGUUGUAAUGGGUUGAUGUGGGUUGAUUUUUACUGGAAUUAUGAAGUAAGGAGGUAUUAUGUGUAUAACCCGACUACCAAUCAGUAUAGGCAAAUUCCCAUACCCGAGAUUGAUAGAUAUUCAAGAAGGAUUGAAGCUGUAAAUAUUGUUUUCGAUCCUUUGACAUACGACCAGUACAAACUUGUUUGUGUGUUUGCGAAAUUGAUAGCUGGGGAGGAUGCGUGGGGAGAAUUUAUCUUCUGGCAGUAUUCAUCUGAAACUCAGGCUUGGAAGGAUUGUGGUGGUAUUGAUAUUUGGGAUGAAUCGAAUUACAGUUACUAUUUCAAGAAGGGAGUGUUUUGGGAUGGCAAUCUUUAUUGGGUAAAUUCUGCCAGGCGUUUACUUUGUUUUGAUUUGGAUCUCAAAUGUGUUAGAAGCUUGAAUGUUAUGAAUACUUAUCCAGCAUCACCUGAUGGGGUUGUUUUCUACUUCGGUAAUUCUGGGGGAAGUUUGCAUCUCAUUGAUCUCUAUAAGCCAAGAGAUGAUUUUCUUAAUGUAUUUGAAUUGGAAGUGGAUAUGGGGUUGGGGAGAUAUCAUUCAAGAUGGUUGCUCAAGUAUCGUGUUGAUCUUGGUCUUUUGACUGCACGGUAUCCAUUAAUGUCCAAUGAGCAGUUUGUUAAUUAUCGGGAAAAGGAAUUUCCCUUUGGUAUACUAUGUUUUCAGGUGGAUAAGAAAGCAAAUAAGGCAAAGCUUAUAAUUUCUUUACCAGGUAAAAUUAUUUCCUAUGAGAUUAGUGACAUGAUUUUUGAAGAGCUUGUUGAAAUAGAGCCUGCAUAUGUUAAAUUUGUGAGGUAUAAUAUGUCAAUAUACACAUGGAAGGAUGCCUUCAAUCAUUUUGAGAUCCUUUCUUGUGUCUGA